AGGAGGGGGUAAAGGCGAAGAGAGCGUCCGGACUCUCACCGCCAACAAAGCGCGAGAGGGACUGAGACAUCGAUAACAUCUGGCUCAUCAAUAAGACAUUUUGAUGGAGUUGGACUGCUUAAUUAAAUAAGUUGACUUGAAGGUAUUUGCCUCCCUGAAAUUGAUCAUCUUGAAUCUGAUGACCCCCCAUGGAGAGGCUGCUCUGACAGAAGACUCUCCUGCGUCCUCCACCCACAGGGAAGCGGCUCUUGUCGGUCACACUUUGACUUGGACACACUUUCAGAUCACGAACACACACGCGCCGAGCUCGUUCGCGUCUCUCUGGGAUGGCCAUCAACACCGACGUCGCCUAUGGGAAAAGCGCCCUCGGUGAGAGGGAAGUUUCGAACCCCACCGACUUCCAGGACACGGAGAAGCUGCUGAGCACCGCGCCCACUGAGCCCAGCGGUCAGACCAACAUCAAGCCCUCCGACUCCUUCUCCCUGAACAUCAGGGGCAGCGUCCGCUCCCUGGACGCGGACCAGAACGGACACAGAUCGCCCCUCAAGUCGGGCUCGGUGGGGCAGCUGGCGGCCCCACCCAAAUCCGUGUCCCGGCUCAGCCUGGGUCCGCUUCCCUCCCCGGUGCCGCCCGGAUCCUUACCCUCGACGUACCUCUGGCUGGCAGUGCUUUCCUGUUUCUGCCCCGCCGUGCCCUUUAACAUCUGUGCCUUGUGGUACGCCUAUGUGUCCAAGUCUGUGCUACACACAGGGGACAUUGAAGGAGCGAGGAAAUAUGGACGUCGGUCUAUGGUGCUCAGCAGUCUGGCAAUUCUGCUGGGUGUGGCUGUCAUCAUAUUCAUAGUGUUUACACUAGGUAUGAACGACACACACACACACACAGAGAGAGAGAGAGAGAGACAUGCUUUAAAAAAUAAAACACAUUGUGACAACAAUUUUCUGUCCUUUCUUUUUCGUCAGAGCUGCAGCAGUGACGCGGGGACACGGAUGAAGCCGAGCCACAGUCUCCUUUAACUUCACCUCAUCUCCAAAGUUUGCACAAG